AUGUACCUUCUUUGCAUCUAUUAUACUCUCUAUCUAUCUAUCUAUCUAUCUAUCUAUCUAUCUAUCAGUCACUUAUAUUUCUUUCUUUCUUUCUUUCUUUCUUUCUUUCUUUCUUUCUUUCUUUCUUUCUUAAGCCAUAUUUAUCUCAAUUCCUCUUCACUGUUUUUCUCUAAAUUACUCAUUUCGUUCGUUCUUUCUUUCUUUUCCCUUCUAUCUCAGUCUGUUAAUAUCUAUCUAUCUAUCUAUCUAUCUAAGUCUAUUCAUAUCUAUCUCAUUUAUUCACAACUAUCUAUUUAUUUAUCUAUAUAUCUGUUCAUAUAUAUCGCAGUCGCUAUCUAUCUAUCUAUCUAUCUAUAUCAAUUGGUUUCUUUCUUUUUCUUUAUGUAUCUAUCUAUCUCAGGCUGUUCAUUAUUUAUCUAUAUAUAUAUCUACGUAUCUAACUCGGUUUAUCUGUCUCAUUCUGUUCAUUAUCUAUCUAUAUAUCUAUCUAUAUAUCUAUCUAUCUAUCUAUCUAUCUAUCUAAGUCUAUUCAUAUCUAUCUCAUUUAUUCACAACUAUCUAUUUAUUUAUCUAUAUAUCUGUUCAUAUAUAUCGCAGUCGCUAUCUAUCUAUCUAUCUAUCUAUCUCAAUUUGUUUCUUUCCUUUUCUUUAUUCUGUUCAUUAUCUAUCUAUCUAUCUAUCUAUCUAUCUAUCUAUCUAUCUAUCUCAGUCUGUUCAUAUAUAUAUCGCAGUCGCUAUCUAUCUAUCUAUCUAUCUAUCUAUCUAUCUAUCUAUCUAUCUAUCUAUCUAUCUAUCUACAUCAAUUGGUUUCUUUCUUCUUUAUGUAUCUAUCUAUCUCAGUCUGUUCAUUAUCUAUCUAUCUAUCUAUCUAUCUAUCUAUCUAUCUAUCUAUCUAUCUAUCUCAUACGGGUCUUAUGUGUGUAUGCAUCUAUCUAUCUAUCUAUCUCAGUCUGUUCAUAUAUAUCGCAGUCGCUAUCUAUCUAUCUAUCUAUCUACAUCAAUUGGUUUCUUUCUUCUUUAUGUAUCUAUCUAUCUCAGGCUGUUCAUUAUUUAUCUAUAUAUCUAUCGACGUAUCUAACUCGGUUUAUCUGUCUCAGUCUGUUCAUUAUCUAUCUAUCUAUCUAUCUAUCUAUCUAUCUAUCUAUCUAUCUACCUCAUACGGGUCUUAUGUGUGUAUGCAUCUAUCUAUCUAUCUAUCUAUCUAUCUCAGUCUGCUCAUAUCUAUCUAUAUCUCUAUCCAUCUAUGAAUCUCAUUCGUUUUAUAUCUACUAUCUAUCUGUCUUUUUAUCUAUAUUCCUAUCUAUCUACCUAUGA